AUGACAUCACGUCUGCGUUUGCAGGAGUUCCUGUUGAACAUGGAGGACAGCGUGGACGAGACGGAGGCCGUGAAGCGCUACAACCAGUACAAGCUGGACUUCAGGCGGCAGCAGCUGCAGGACUUCUUCCUCCAGCACAAAGAGCAGGAGUGGUUCCGCUCCAAGUACCACCCCGAUGACAUCGCCACGAGGAAGGCAGAGUCUCUGGCCGCCCUCAAAACCCGACUCGGCGUCUUCCUCUUCCUCAUGGACAACAACUGGCUGGACAACGUAUCGCUCGACAUGGACCACGCCCCUGCCAUCAUUAAACUCCUCGAUGCAGCUGUGAUAAAGAUGGAGGGAGGAACCGACUUUGACCUGCAGGUCCUCGAGGUUCAGGCGAACGCAGCAGGAGGUGCUGGAGAUGCGAGCGGAGGAGGAGGUGUAGGCGAGAAGAGUCAGGCGGAUCCCAGCGGAGGAAGCGUGGGUGGUCAGACCAGCUCAGAGGCGACUGUGACUCAGACGAAGGAGACGGCGAGCGGUGACGCGGGCGAUAACAAAGACACAGAGAAG